AUGGGCGAGGUCGAGCGAGGUGCCGGCGUCGAAGCGAACCUGGGCAAGACACGAGUCUACAACGCAGCAGGUGGGGACGCACCACCCGGCAUAGCCGCCCUCGGCCCGGACGUGCGGCGACCUGCUGAAGCGGACCUGCUCCAGAAACUGCAGCGCUUGCCCGAUUUGCAGAGCGCUUGGCUUCUGUUGGCCUACUGCGCAGCGCCUCGGGCGCAGCACCUGCUUCGCAACGUCCUCUCGGCGGAUAUACUGCCUUACGCCCGCGCCCACGACGCGGCGAUCUGGAAUGUUGUCGAAGGCCCGCUUGGCGGUCAGGGCCCUGACGAGGGCGACGCCUGGCUUGCUGCCCGUGCGGUCGCUUUCUUGCCGCCGAGCUUCGGGGGCCUCGGCCUGCUUUCAGCCGAGCGGGUGUUUGCGUGGGCGGACGCGCUGCCGGUCCUCCGCGCACGCUACCCCGAAGUCGCUGACGGGAUUGUGCAUGAGCUUGAGGGCGAGCUGGCACGGCCUUGCUUGCGAGCAGCAGCACUUGCCGCGCACCGGCUCGCUGAGGCAGGCUGGGAAGCUCGACCGGAUUGGGACGCUUGUGCCCGUGGCGCAGGCAGUCCGGCCGUCGACGGAGAACUCGGGCUCGGGAACCCUGGUUGGCAGCGACACGCCGUUCUCGCACCCCUCACUUCCUUUCGAGAACGCGUGCUGCUACCAACCUUGACUCCGGCCGCUCGAGCCCUUCUUCACUCUCAGUCGGGCCCGCAUGCGCGGAUGUGGCUGGCGGCGAUCCCUUCGGAUGUUGCCUCCACCCUCAAGCCCGACCUCAUGCACGUAGCACUGAGGCGCCGGCUCCGGUUACCCUUGCCCUUGACGGGGCGGUGCUGCGGCGCUCAAGGUCGGCACGGCUGCGGAGCUCAGGUCGACGCCUACGGCGACCACCACCUUGCCUGCCCUCGCAAAGGCUUGUUGCCACGGCGUGGCUUCGUAGUCGAGCGAGCAUGGGUCCAGGUCGCUCGCGAAGCGGUUAGUCCGGAGGGUCGUGUCGUACCGCAACAGUGGCUCGAACACACUACGGCGCCGCAAGUCCGGGCCGACGACCGCCGCCGUCUCGACUUCGUCGUCUACGGGGCGAUGACCACUGGGGAGGCUUUGUGUUGCGAUGCGACACCCCUCACUCGUGCAGGCCGCCCAGUACAUGGGGCUGACGCGCGUGCGGGGGUCGCCCUAGACGCGGCCCGCCGGCGCAAAGUCGCACGCUACCCGGAACUCACGCGCGGCGGCCCGCAGCGGCUCGUCGUGCUCGCCGCUGAUGUCGGGGGCUGGAACGACCAGUGCCAGCAGUUCCUUCGCAUCCUGCUCCGGCUUCCCGUCCAGCGCGCCCCACCCCCCUUGCGCGCGUCCGCGGCACAGGGCUGGGCCCGCCGUUGGUGGAGCGUUUUGUCCGUCGCCCUGCAACGCGCUGUCGCCUGCUCUGCGCUCGGGGUGUGGUCCAUGCCGCCGCUGCCGGGCGCCCAGGACGCACUCCCAUUGGGCGACGUGCUUGACCUCGCGAGUGCAAGUGCCCCCAGUCGGCUGCCGCUUCACUAA